CACGUUCUUCUUGAACACCACCUAAAACACACUCAACAAAAAUGGCCUGCAUUGCCUCCUCCUUCACCGGCUCCGUCGCCGCCCUCAAGGCGACCAAGAUCCAGGCCAAGUCUGUGUCCAAGGUCAUCAAGGCCGACAUCUACCCCGAGUUCGGCACCUACCCCGGUGGCGGCGAGUCCCCCAUCAUCCCCUUCGGCUCCGAGAAGAACGCCGAGCGUGAGGUCAUCCACGGCCGCUGGGCGAUGCUCGGCGUGACCGGUGCCUGGGCCGCCGAGAACGGCACCGGCAUCCCCUGGUUCACCGCCGGUACCCUCUGCACCCCCGACGACUGCACCGCCGUCGCGGACAAGUUCCCCGGCGCCGUCGCUCCCCUCGCCCCCGAGGGCUCCGGCUACCCCUCCUUCUGGGCCGUCCUCGCCAUCGAGGUCGUCCUCGUCGGCCUCGCCGAGGCUUACCGCACCGGCCUCUCCGACCCCGUCUUCGACGAGCUCACCGUCGGUGACGUGUCCCCCGGUGGCCGCUUCGACCCCCUCGGCCUCGCCGAGUCCGGUGACCUCGAGGAGCUCAAGAUCAAGGAGCUCAAGCACUGCCGCCUCUCCAUGUUCGCGUGGCUCGGCUGCAUCUUCCAGGGUCUCGCCACCCAGGAGGGCCCCAUCGCCAACUGGCAGGCGCACGUCGCGGACCCCGUCCACGCCAACGUGCUCACCAACGCCGCCUCCGGCUUCGGCUUCUACUAAAUUCCCAGCCCCCCAUCGGGUCUGAGAGUUUUGUAGGUUGGGUAUGUUGUACCAGUUGUAGCUAGCUGAGUGACUUUGUAGUUGGAGGUUAGCAGCACGCACGAAACGCCUUUCAU